AGGGCGCUUCUGCUUUGAAAUGUAGCAAGAGCUCACCCAGCUGUUGCUACAGUUCAGAGGCGGAAAUGCCGUGUGGCGUUCCACCUUUGAAAUAUACAGGAGCCUCAGCGGGGGCCCUAGUGCAUUUCAAAGAUCGAAAUGCCGCGUGGAGCCCAGGAUGCACUUAGGGCAGGUUUUCAAUCUUUCUCUUGCACAUGGGAAAUGGAUAAAUGUGUGCACAGGACUAGCAGUUUGACACGGACAGCCUGGCUCUGAGCGCACCAGUGUGAGGCUGCAUGAGGCUCGCACCUGAGCACAGUCCCUGUUCUGCCUUGCUGCAAUGGUGGCGUUGCUGGCAGAGAGCUAAACAGAUAAGGGCACUGGGACCUCCCAGGGAGUUAGGGAGCCAUUCAGCAGCUGUAUUCCCUUUCAAGCUUCCAAAGGCUGCUUUUCAGAAGAGGGAGUUAGUGAGCCUAAACGAGGCCUUUUGUACAAACAGGAAACCAAGCAAGUGCUGGAAACGCCCCUUAGCUCCUGCCUUUCAAAGAGCUGUGUGAGCUCAGGAACCCGAAACUCAACCCUGCGGGCUCUCUUCUCUGCAAGAAGCCAUGGCUGCUGGGGAGCUGGCCACCAGAGCCCAGGCUGAAGUGACUUGCUCCAUCUGUCUGGAGGGUUUCAAAGAGCCGGUGACUACAGACUGUGGGCACAGCUUCUGUCAGGACUGUAUCAGUCAGUACUGGGGGCAACUGGAGUCAAACUUCUGCUGCCCCCAGUGCGGGGAGACCUGCCCCCAGGGGAACCUGCGGCCCAGCAAGGAACUGAGGAAUAUGGUGGGGUCGGUGAGAGAUCUGAGCUCACAGGUGGCGCACGAGCCGGAGGGGGAGAGGGUGUGCGACAGACACCAGGAAGCUCUGAAGCUCUUCUGCGAGGAGGAUCAGAUGCCCAUCUGCUUGGUGUGCCGGGAGUCCCGAGCUCACCGCACACACCCUGUGCUCCCCAUGGAAGAGGCUGCCCAGGAGUACAAGGACCAGAUCCAGAGCCACUUGCAGCGUUUGAGGAAAGAGAGGUGGGAGCUGCUGGGAUUUCAAUCGGCUGAGGAGAAGGCAAGCGAGAAGCUGAUGCAGGUGGAGCUCGAAAGGCAGCGGGUGACAUCUGAGUGUGAGCAGCUCCGCCAGCUCCUGGCCAAAGAAGAGGGCCUGCGGCUGGCCCAGCUGGGCGAGCUGGACAGCAUGAUCACCAGGAGGAAGAAGGAAAGUGUCACCCGCCUGGGGGAGGAGAUUUCACGCCUCAGUGCCCUGAUCGUGGAGCUGGAAGGGAAGUGCCAGCAACCCGCCCCUGAAUUCCUGCAGGGUGUCAGAAGCACCGUGAGCAGGGCUGAGAAGGUGACUUCACAGCAUUUGAUGCUCAUUUCCCAGAAGCUGGGCAGGAGGAGCUGGGCAUUUCCUCGAGGGAGCAGACUGCUGACAGCGCUUGGGGGAUUUGUGGGUUCCUUUUCCUUGCAAGUCCUUCCCUGGACGAGGAAUAAAUGUGCAGUCCUGGCUGUUUGCAUUGCCCUGGCAGUUUGUCUGCUCAAAAUACAUGGGACUUACCCUGCCAAAUUUGCCAAUGUAGUGCUGGACCAGGACACGGCAAACCCCAAGCUCAUCCUGUCUGAAGAUGGAAAGGUUGUGAGGAUGGGAGACUAUGCGCAAAGGCUGGUCAGGAACCCCAACAGAUUUGACCUUGAGCCAUGUGUGCUGGGUAUGGAGGGAUUCAACUCAGGGAGACAUUUCUGGGUGGUGGAGUUAACGGGGAGGUCUGGCUGGGCAGUAGGGGUGGCCAGACAGUCUGUGCUGAGGAAGAGCAGUCUGAGCCUUCAUCCUGAGGAGGGGCUCUGGGCUGUGCAUGAGCAGUUCAAUGGGUUCAAGGCUCGCACCUCCCCAGAGAACACUGUGCUCCUGGAGGGGAGCCCUGCGAGGAUUCGAAUUUACCUGGAUUAUGAAGCAGGGCUGGUGGCAUUUUAUGAUGCUGAGAAUGAGGUUCCCAUCUUCAAUUUCACAGCCUCCUUUGCCACAGAGAAAAUUUUCCCUUUCUUUGGAGUGUGGGGCUCCAGAGUCCAAAUCAAGCUGGCUCCCCCAGAUGCCAAGUAGCCUGCAACACGGGGCCAGUGCUUCGUGCACCAGCUUGUAUUUACCCCCAUCCAGCCCUUGUACCGUUCCCCUCCCAUCUGAAAAAACAGGCCAGCAGGUUAGUGCACCGGGGCCCUGAAGGACUGCGUGGGGAGGGGUCUUCUGGGGAAAGGAGAGUGCUGUAGCAGCUUGUGUGUCAUCUGAGCUUGGCACUGCUUGUAGCUGGGAGCAAAGCCUCUUGUUCUGUUGGUGCCAAGUGCAACAUCCCUGGGGCUCAGCCAUGCAGGUCACCUUGGGUGGCUCCCUCAGACUGCAGUCUGUACUGGCACUGUGGGACAGGGCCUGGAUCACUGGGAUACAGCUCUCCCUCACCCACCUCAUGGGUACCAGCCAACCAGCCAUGUGUGCUGCUGAUCUGUGAUCACAGCAGUCAAGGCCAGCCUGGGACACUCCCCAUCAUGAGACACACAAGGCCUGGAACUCAUGGAAUUCAGAAUUAAAGUCAGACGCUGCUUUUCCAGGUCCUAGAUGCACCGGAGCUCACAUGCUCACCCUGACAUGUCCCCCCACGGACACACGUUCAGGACUGAUCCACAUCUAACCGAGUGACUGAGUCCUGCUUGCCAGAGGCACAGGGAAUGAUAUUAUUGUAAUAGGAAUGACCCUGCGGGUUCAGACCAUCUAACCCAGCAUCCUCUCUUCCAGCAAUGGCUGCCAUCUAUGUCAGAGGGAACAAACAGAAUAAGGCAGUCAUCAGGUGAUCCCUCCUUUAAUCCAGCCUAUCAGUGUAGGACUUGAAUGAAUGGUCUGUUAUGAGGGGUGGGUUGGUUGGUUGGAUUCUUUGUGUCUCAAUUCACUGGGGAGAAUUAAAUAAUUUUCACAAAACUUGUAUCUUUAAAAUGAGCUAGUAAGGGACAUUAAGGGAAGGAAAACUUAGCUUGCACAUUCUGUUUGAUUUUGUUUAAUAACCUACAUUGUUCUGUCUUCAGUCUCUUCUGACCAGUUAAAUCCUACCUUUUCUUUCAUGCUUAAUAAGCUCACUUUUGUUUAUUAAUAAACUCAGUGUAAA